UUGCAUAUUCAUUCGAUGAGUUUUUGUUCUUUUUUUGGUUUGUUUCUUUUCGUUGCUUUCUUUAACAUUGGUCAUGUUUCACCCUUUUUUUUUCAUUCCCCUGUCUGCAAUCAACUUCUUCAUUCCACUAAGGCUGGGCACAGAUUGGUGUUGGUAUUAGGAGACCUGCACAUCCCACACCGGUGCAACAGUUUGCCAGCUAAAUUCAAAAAACUGCUGGUGCCAGGAAAGAUUCAGCACAUUCUCUGCACUGGAAACCUUUGUACCAAAGAGAGUUAUGACUAUCUCAAGACUCUGGCUGGUGAUGUUCAUAUUGUGAGAGGAGACUUCGAUGAGAAUCUGAAUUAUCCAGAACAGAAAGUUGUAACUGUUGGGCAGUUCAAAAUCGGUUUGAUCCAUGGACAUCAAGUUAUUCCAUGGGGAGAUAUGGCCAGCUUAGCCCUGCUGCAGAGGCAGUUUGAUGUGGAUAUUCUUAUUUCAGGACACACACAUAAAUUUGAAGCAUUUGAGCAUGAAAAUAAAUUCUACAUUAAUCCAGGUUCUGCCACUGGAGCAUAUAAUGCCUUGGAAACAAACAUUAUUCCUUCAUUUGUGUUGAUGGAUAUCCAGGCUUCUACAGUUGUCACUUAUGUGUAUCAGCUAAUUGGAGACGAUGUGAAAGUAGAACGAAUUGAAUACAAAAAAUCUUAAAGCGAGGCGUGUCCUGAUGAUGUUUCUGUUGGGCUUUUUUUUUUUUUUUUCACUCCCCUGUUCAACUCAAGUAAUUAAAUGUUUAAGAGCCACAAAACUGUAUCACUUUUAUAAUAUUUUGCAGUAAAAUGGAAUCUUGUCUUCUGUUAAUACAAUGUUCUAAGCUGCUUGUAAACUAUAAGAUUAUAUUUAGUUUAAGUAUAUGAUUUCUAUGAAAAAACAUCCACCACACACAGUAAAUGGUCACGUUAAGAAAAAUUUAUCCUUGUAAAUAUCUUCAUAGUUGAUAUUUGGAACUUUACUACCAAAUUAGUGCAUGAGGAGAAAGAAUCUAGAUUUUCUUGUAUACAUUAUUCUCCACUAAUAAACAGUUACCUUUCAUUUAUACUUUCUUGAUGAACUGUUUUAAUUUUUAAAAAUUAUGAAAAUAAGAGGCCAAAUGAAACUGCAGACAAAUGUUACAGUGAUAAGGUAGAUGAGAUGACCUUUCAGAGCUCUUUCUUACAAUGUUCUAGGUCAUAAUGUUGGACUCAGAUUUUAUUAACUAAAUAGAAUACCAUAUUGACAUAGUAAAUCAUCAGUGAUUCUUCAGACUGUUGCUUUUAAGUGCCCUAUUCUUUAUGUUUUAACAAAAAAAUUUUUUUGAACACUACUGUUUAAUUUGAAAAGAUAUGUGCACUCCAGUGUUCAUAGCAACAUUAUUUACAGUUGCCAAGAUAUGAAAACAACCUAAGGGUCCAUCAACAGAAGAGUGGAU